AUGAUGUGCAUGUGGCCUCAGCGCAGUGUCCAGCUCGUGAUAGGACAUCUGGACCUGGCCAGAGCAGAGACGCGCCCCCCGACACCCUGCCGGGAGCGGGAGGACAGGUGCCCCAGUCAGAACCUCUGGGGGGCACGUAUGGUUGUUGUGCGUGACGUGCUCCGGUCAACUGUCGUAAAAGUGUGCGGGAACCACUACGCGGAGCUGGGUUCUUCGUGGAAAGCAGAAAGGACGGCCUCCAGUCACAGGUGCUCAGCGUCCACGGGGAGUAGACCCGGGCCCAGCAGCGUGUCGCUGGGAACGUGUCCCUGUCUCACGUCCGUGGACCAGAGCCUCACGGCGGAGCACAGGACUCUGAGACAUCACAUGCGUGCCUCCCACGUGAGGCGGAGCCGCAUCAGCCCGCUGGCGGGUGGGGAGACCGGCAGGCGCCAAGGGCGGCUCACGGGCGGCCCACGCCAGGUUGUGAGGAGCCUCGGCAUCGCCAGCCCAGGGCUGAGUUCAGACCCCGGGCUCCACCGGCUCCCAGCCCGCGGCCUCCACCCAGAACAAAGGCCCCAUUACCGGGACUGA